UGUCGUGUCUCGGGGCAAACAAACAGCGUAUGUAUUCCGCCUGUUCCUGCAGUCGUGUUGAGGCUUUGUUUCCCGGUUCCGCAACAACAUCCAGAUUACUCCGUACUGGCGCUUUACCCAUUUUUGACCUCUCACCACCCGGCGCAAUCACUUCGCACAUAUUCAUGUACAUUCAAAAAAGAAAACAUGGUCUCACAACAUGACAGAGAGCUUUUCCGCAACGAUGUACGCUCUCGAGGGACCAAGCUCAGUGCUGCUGACCGGGAAAACAUUUUGAGGCCAUAUCUCCCAGACCCCUCUGACCUCCAACGACGGUCACCGCAGCGGCAGAACAAAGCCCACCGAAGGGCUUCUGUACGAACUUUCGUCAAGGCACAAACCCACCGUAUUGUAUACACCUUCGUUCAUAUCAUCUUCGGAAUUAUAUCUCGGCUCCUUCAAAGCUACCAUGCCACUGUGGACCGGAUAUGUGCAGUCAUAUAUUAUCACCAUCGAACCCCUGAAUUGAUCAGGAAAGAUGUGAAAGGCCUCAAGCGCCUACCCGAACACUUGAGUGUCAUCCUGUCGCUUCGCAAGGAGGAUGACGCCCUUAGCGUUUUGAUGGACGAAGUUGCAGAGCUUGCAGCUUGGAGCGUGAGUGCCGGAAUACCAGUGUUGAGUGUUUACGAAAAAAGCGGGGCUCUGAAAUCCUGCAUUCCCAUACUUCACCAGGCUAUCACAAACAAAAUGUGUUCUUACUAUGGCUCUUCUAUUCAACAACCCCGGUUGCGCUUAUUUGCGCCCCAUCAUCCUGUCUUUGACCAGCUGCCACAAGAUGUCGCUAGUGAUUGCAAGAAUGGAUCCUUGACGGUGCUUCUGCUCUCCGCCACUGAUGGCAGGGAGACCUUUGUCGACCUGACUAAAACUUUGGCAGAGAUGUCCCAGAGCGGAAAAUUGUCACCCGAAGAUAUUACCUUAGAAUUGGUCGAUGCAGAAAUUAUUCAGCCUGAGCCCGACCUUCUGCUAGUAUUCGGCGCCUUUCUUAAAUUAGACGGAUACCCUCCUUGGCACGUUCGACUGACCGAAAUGUUUUGCACUGGCGGUAGAAGUAGCGGGACCAAUACCUCUGAAGAAGCAGUCGAAUAUCAUGGCUUUCUACGGGGACUCUGGCAUUAUGCUGGGGCUCAGAUGAGGUUCGGCCGUUGA